AGUUAUUCCUUUUUCGUUAUUGGACUAUUGGACAACACACUCUCUUUCUUUACUCCUCUCUCUUUUCUUUCACACUCUCACCUCAUUCUCAUUCUCAUCCUCCUUCAUUCAUCAUUCAUCAUUCAUCAUUCUCAUUCUCAUUUUCAUUAUCCACUUUUUUUAACCUUUCUUUAAUCACACAGCCACUUUCUUGUUCAUCAUCACCCCACUCCUUCCUUUACAUAACACCCGACAUACGACUACUCCGUUCAUACAAUAAUAUUUACAAUGAAUCUUUCACCAACAUCUCGCACGUUAUUCCUUGUCCAAAUUGGGACCUUCUUUUCUGGACUCAUUGUCAUUAUUUGCUGUUGUCUCUAUCUUUCAGCUUACCCUAAAUCGCCUGGUGCUGGAUCAGUCUCAGGCAUUGCUUGUGCAACUCUUGCCUUUGCGCUUAUAUCUACAAUAACAACACUUGUCCUUGUUUUUCGGCAAAAGUCUGGACGUACAGUUAAUGCUAAUAUUGAAGGAAUUUGGGUCGGAGUAGCUAUUGUCGCUUGGAUCCUUGCGUCCGUUGGGGGUAUUGCUAGCCCUGCAAAUGGAAUGAGAAACGCGUCCUGCAAGGUGCUUCCUUCUGGCAAAGGCACUGAUGAUAAGAACUAUAUACGUGCAUGCCAAUCUAUGUUUGCCUCCACUGCGUUCUGUAUCCUUUCUGCUCUAUUUUUUAUCGCCACCGCAGUCAUUCUCGUCGUCUUUGCGGUCCAGCGUGCUGUUCGAGACAAGAAGGCCUCGAAGGUCAAGACUGGAGGAGCUUAUCAGCUGGGACCAUCACCCUCGCAGUACCGUCGUGCAGAACAAGCCCACGAUAUCCCCACAGAGGAACCUAAGGAUAUAGAGGCCACUUCACCCUCAACUGACCCCACCCCUGCCUCUGCUGCCCCGGACACUUCUGUUUUGAGUCCAACCACAGCUGAAGCCACGACCACUGAUUGUACUUUUUCUCAAAAUGUGUACCAAGACCCUGUCAUUUCCACGCCCACGCCAGCUACAGUUAUUCCUACACCACCAGCUGCAGCUAUUCUGUCGCAUACCUCGGGCACACCUUCUGCUUAUAAUACGUACUCCAGUAGUGGCCAUGUGCCUCAGGCCAGCUACCAAUCAACUGUAGGUGGCUAUGAGAAUAGCGGCUAUCUUGGCCAGGGAGCAACAGUGACAACGGCAGCAGGAAUCGGAGGACAGCAAAGCUAUCAUGUUCAACAAGGAUCUGGCAUGUCAACAGUAUCGAAUUCUGGAUACGGUCAAUACCCCCCUAACCCCUAUGGCAGUGUUAAUGCAGGCAACAUAAAUAUGUAUCCUCCACAGCACACGAUGCCCUAUCCUCCUCAACCUCAACAGAGCGCGUAUCCGAUAAUCGCAGCGCCUCAUCAGCAGUCUCCAUAUGGCAAUCAAUACAGCAUGAAUCAGCCUCCAAUGCCUUCAGGCCAGCAAACUCCAGUGAUGGCAAUGCCUCGUCCUGAAUACUUUUAAACGGAAAAGCAUAUAGUUCCAUAUAAUAUAGUAUUUCCCACAUAAUUUUCGCGUUUUGUGAACGUACCAACACACAAUCAAUCUCUUUCUCAAGUAUUUCAUACACAUCUCCAUAUUGUCUAUAUUCAAAACAAUUGCAUACGUUUCUCCUUGUAAUAAAACACUAAAACGCCCUGACAUAACGCAAAAAAUAAAGAUCAUCAACCC